AUGACAGUGGUAGACAACAGACGUAUCGUUGAUCAAACACAAGCUCCAACCAAAAAAAUUUCUGAUGGUCCACUAGUUAUAAAGGAUUCUCCCGAAAAUAUGAAUAAAGAAAAUGAACUCAAUACUAUCACAAUACUAUCAGUUAAUUCAUUGGGUUCAAAAACACAUCAAGAAAAUUUGAUACCUCAUAUGGUUAAACCAACGAUACAGAAGGCGCCGAUAAUUACUAAUGAAUUCCUUGAGAAUUUCAAACGUGAAGCGAGAAAAGUACAUUCGAGGUCAAGCGAUUUUCUAUUAUUUACUUUAAUCAAUGGCGCUUACAUGAAUUUAACUCUAAACUGGUUGUGUAAUGUGGCACCGUUCCCGACAUCAAUCCAUCGUAAGACUUUAAUUGUCAGCCUGGAUGCAAAAGCUUGCAAAGUAAUCCAGAGGAUUUGGAAACAAGUGAAGUGUAUGUAUAUUAAAGUGCACGGUGAUUACAACAGUCCACUUAGUUGGGGACGACAAAAGUAUAUCAAUCUACUCAGUCUUCGUUCACAACUUUUGCUUAUUCUUGCAGAGCUCGAACUACCAUAUAUUUUAUUUGAAACCGAUGCGGUUUGGCUACGUGAUCCCAUGGAAUUCUUUCAAAACCAAACCCUUAUCGACGAUGCUGAUAUUAUUGUACCGACAAAAGGUUAUCCAGAUCAUGAUUUAACGUAUGCAUUCGACCCAAUGAUCGUGUAUCCUUCAAAUGCGUCUCUUGUAUUAAUGCGCGAAUUAAAUCUGCAACUUUCAAAAGAUCCAAAAGUGUAUGACCAGGAUGUUCUGGACCAGCUAUGUCGUCAACAACAUUUUGGAUUGGUAUGUCGUCAGUUCGAAUGGACUGAGGUAGCCGAUGGUAAAUGGUUUAAACUGUCGGAGUCGGAGCGAGCUCAUCUGAGACCUUAUAUUGUUAACAACAACUACUACGUUGGCGUCGAUAAUAAAAUCAGUCGUCAAGCACUAAAUGACCUAUGGUUCCUGUCGGUCAAGAACAACUGUAAUUUCUCGAAGGUUCAAAAUCUGCUACGCAAAUAUGGGUCGCAGAUAUCAAGUUAUUCUAACGACGCUUGA